AUGGCCAAAAAGCCCAUUCUUGACCGGCCGCGAGAUUCUAUCAUCAAGCGCCCGCUCCAAACAGAGGCCGAAGAGCCGAGCAGGACAGAAGAUUAUGACGGUAGUGGUCUUCCAAAAUACCUUGGAGAAGUCAUGUUGGUGGAAGAAAGAAGGAGGCGUCUCAAUCUCUUUGUGGUCCUUAUGUUCAUCCACCUGGAGCCGAAGAAGAAUCCACGGCUAGGUCAUCGUCAAUCGGCGACCACCCCGCGGCGAGUACUGUUGGAUACUGGUGCCGAUUUCAAUCUGAUUUCUGACGAGGCCCACACUGAAUUGGACCUGAACAAACAGCCAUACAAUGGCCGUGUGCAUUCAAUUGGUGGAUACACCGACCUCAGCAGUACUGUCGUCCUUCAGUGGCAUUUUCGGAGUUACAGAUCCGAAGCGGACCAGAGUUCGCCAUCAUAUCGAGCGCCGUUUUAUGUUUUGCCACCAGAAUCCGAAGCAAAAUUCGACUGCAUCCUUGGUCGACCAUGGAUCGAGGAGAACUGGGAUGAGUUCAUCGCUUUGGUCGAGCUCAACCGAAGAAAAGAGAGCUCACAGUAG